AUGUUCCCCAAAUUCCUCAUUCUUCUUUUCUCCUUCCUUCUUUUUGGAAGCUCCCUAGCCCGGGUUGUGCCUGCUCAGAAUCAGCACCAAGAGGAGUCAGGACGCGGCUUCAUUCUCCCCCGCGAUGACAAAGGUCCCGCUAUCGAAGUCUUCCGGGACGAAAGCGUGCGGCCAUCGGAAGAAGUUCGAAAGACGGCAAAGGCAAUGGACACGUGGAUGUGGAGCGCCUUGGCCAAAUUCGACCACGAAGUCACCGACGAGCAAAUGGUCCAAAUCUCCGAGGACGCCUAUGCAUCAAUGGUGGAUAGGUGGGAGAAAGAGGAUAUCAAGGGUUAUGGAAAACCAAAGGUCAUGACAGCGUUACGUAAGGGAAAUGAGGUCUAUAUUGCUUCGUCCGCCAAGGGAAAAAACUUCAUUGUCUAUCAGAAGCCUGAUAAGAAGGAAAAUGGCAUACACGAACAUGUGCCAAAGUCGCUCGCAGCUGCAUUGACCGCCUGUUGGAAUAACGCCGAGGGCGACAAGGAGCAUCACACGAAUGACGCCAACUGUGGCGAGAUAAUGACAGCCUGGGCCUACUUUGUUGAGAAGUCGGAUGGAGAUAACUCCGAGGACGUGAGUCUCAAAGGAGCGAAGACCGUCACCUGGGAGUUAGCAUUACAUAAGUACAAAAAAGAUGGCCAAGAUGUCGAAGAAAGAGUUGGCCAAAUCAAGCCGCCCUGUGGCAAUGACAAUGACGGCAAAUGGGGAUGCCAUAGCGUUGUUCAGGAGCUGGGCAUUGAAGCCAUUCCCCAGGAAACCAAGGGAAAGCCAUACGACCCUCCAAAAGAGCUAUAUCAGCGAGAGCUAUUUGGUGCGUGCAAGUUGAAGAAACAAUCGAAUUAG